AUGACCGAAACUACACAGAAAAAGAAAAAGACAAGGAAGAAAUCCACCGACAAGAUUGUCAAAUCCAAAGCAGCGAUCGGCAUUGAGGAUGGAACUGGGAGGAAAAAGAAGAAAAAGUCAUCCACCAACAAGGCGGCUGCAUCCAAAUCACUUGAUGCGUCUUCCACAAAAAAGACGAAACAAAAGCGAGGCAGAUCAACUACCAAAAAGAAUCUAAAGAAAGGAGCUUUGAAGAACAAAAACUUUCAAGAAUCACUUGCUUCUUCUGUUGACACCGCCAAGUCGACUAAUAAGUCCAACCGAUCUCAAAACUCCUUCAAUCAGUUAAGACCAUCUUCAUUAUCUGAUCUUCGAGCACCCAGUCAGGAUACGGCUGCUUCAGGGCGAGGAAGAACACCGGGACGAGGUGUUAUUGCCAAGCGACCACGGAGUGCAACAGGGUUGGACCAUUCUGGUCAUCUUUCAAUCCGUCGGUUGGAACAGGCAGAGCGAGGCAAGAGCAGCUCGUCUUUGUUUCGACAAUCUUCGAAUCCAAACCUAUCUCGCCAAUACUCGAAUCCAAAUCUAUCUCGCCAAAACUCGGGCCUAUCCUUAGGGGGGGGAAGUCGACCACGGUCACUCGUUCAACGGGCAAGAAGCACGAGCACAGUAGAACCUCCAAGUUCCUUUACUGGACGGCGCAUGAAUCGAUUAGGUGCACGUGGUUUGAAGAAAUCAGGAAGUACGAGUGGAUUGAGUCGACAGAGCUCUAGAUCGUCUCUGUAUGCGUCUUCCGAUGAUGAUGGCGGUAGCCGCUCGAGAUCCAGAUCAAGAACAAAACUAGGUGGUGGUGAUCCAGACGAUCUGGAAAAGAUCAUUGGCAUGAUCGAGUCAUCGAACAAUCCAGAGAUACUAGCGAGGCAAAAGCCUCGAUCCCGAUACGAAAGAUUUGCACAGAGAAACAGGCUGUCGUCCAGAAGCUUAGAUGCCUCGGUAUCGGGGCACACAGCAUCAACAGUGGGCGACGAAUUUUCCGCUGAUGAGACAAUUUGGAUAUCUGGCUUGCGGUACAUUCGACUGAUGGCACCCACCCCGAGAGAGUGCAAGAGCGAUAGGAUUAUCCGUUACAUGACUUGGGGUGCCAUGAUUUUGGAUUUCAUCGCCGCCAUGGUGUCCAUUACUACCUAUGAAAGCGUGACCAUGUGCUGUGGCAAACCAAUUUUCGAGCUUUUAGAAUCGAGGAUCAACUGGAACGAGUUCGUCCGCAUCUUUACCUACAUCUACGUGGUGCUCCUUUUCCUCGAAGUCAUUCCUGUCUUCAAUAAGGAAAUCCCGCUGAAUUUGAUCAAUCCUUUGAUUGGUUUCACCAUUACCAUGGCAAUGUUCUUUGAUGAUCGUAUUGGAGAAGCCAUUACAAUGUGGACAAUGGAAGCAUUUGCUAUUGCAUUUGAAGCUGUCAUCACCUGUUUGAGGCGUAAGCAACACCUUCGGCGCAUCGAGCGCAUCGUGGAGUGCGACGACGAGUUGGCAGUCCGUACCGGAAAACGAUGGGCGCGAGAUAACUCUACGAAACAACUGAACCCCGCUGAUGGUAUAGUCGAAGAUCCUUACAGUGAUUUGGAGAGUUUGUCAGGUGGAAGCUUCUACAACAGUGGCGAUGCCAAGGUUAAUCGCUUUCGAAUUGAAAGAGAAAGAAGACACUUAAAGGCGGGCCUUUUGGAUGACGAAAUCACCUUAAGAUACCAUUAUAUUGGGAGCGCAAUCAAUAUUGGUCUAGUGCUUAUUUCUCUGUCUCUGAUCAUUGGGAUUGGAAAGAAUGGAGGACUCUGCAUCAGCAAUUUUGAGGCUCCACCCAUUUUCAAAGAUGACCAAUUGGAACGAUGUCCAUCUUGUGUUGGAGCCGCUGAAACCUGUGAAGUCUGCGAUGCAACUGGAGGAAAUCAGCACCAGUGCUACUAUCCUUACAAACUCUAA